CUGGCUCAUAUGAUAAUAUUCAUAUUCCUUUUAGAAAACAUAGUUAGACAAUUGUUUUUAUUUCAAAUAAGAAAAUUUGUAUGGUUUUGGUGAAUUGAAAUGGGUCAUGUCGCGCUUCUCACCGAAUUGGUUUGUUCCUCUCAGCAAAUAAAAAAAUUGAACUGUUUGGCCAUAAUGACCAUCUUUAUGUUUGGAGGAAAAAGGGUGAGGCUUGCAAGCUGAAGAACACCAUCCCAACCAGCAGCAUCAUGUUGUAGGGGUGCUUUGCUGCAGGAGGGACUGGUGCACUUCACAAAAUAGAUGGCAUCAUGAGGAAGGAAAAUUAUGUGGAUAUAUUGAAGCAACAUCUCAAGACAUCAGCCAGGAAGUUAAAGCUCUGUUGCAAAUAGGUCUUCCAAAUGGACAAUGACCCCAAGCAUACCUCCAAAGUUGUGGCAAAAUGGCUUAAGGACAACAAAGUCAAAGUAUUGGAGUGGCCAUCACAAAGCCCUGACCUCAGUCCGAUAGAAAAUUUGUGGGCAGAACUGAAAAAGCGUGUGCGAGCAAGGAGGCUUUCAUUCUGAUCAGACAAGAUGGGAGUAAUAUGUUCCAAGAAAGUGUGAAAUGUACAUAGCAUGCAACACCUGAGAAGUUUUACAUUGAGGCAUGUGAUGACGGAGCUAAUGACGUUCUGGUUAUUGAUAGGGUGUCCACCGAAAUUACCCUUGCAGGUAUUAAAGACAUCCCCCCAUCUGGCGUUACCAGGCCCAUUUGCGGAAUCAUGGGAACAAUUCGUCUGGUGGCUGGGAUGUACCUCAUAGUCAUCACCAGGAAGAGGAAAGUGGGUGACCUGUUUGGCCACACUGUGUGGAAAGCGGUGGAGUUUGAUGUAAUUUCUUAUAAGAAGACCAUUUUGCACCUCACAGAUGUUCAGAUGCAAGACAACAAGAAGUUUUUGGCCAUGAUCAAUGGUGUGCUCAACACAGACGGCUUCUACUUCUGCACAGACUAUGACCUGACGCACACCCAGCAGCGCCUGGCCAACACCAGCCCUGACUUCCAGGAGAUGAGCCUGCUGGAGCGGGCAGACCAGAGGUUCAUGUGGAAUGGAAACCUUUUAAGGGAAAUCAUCGCACAGCCAGAGCUCCACAAGUUUGCUUUUCCUGUCAUCCAUGGAUUUAUUGUGAUGAAGCCAUGCUGCAUUAAUGGGAAGGUGUUUGAAUGGAUCCUCAUCUCUAGACGGAGCUGCUUCAGAGCCGGGGUGCGCUAUUAUGUCAGAGGCAUUGACUCGGAGGGGCAUGCUGCUAACUUCGUUGAGACAGAACAGAUAGUCCUGUACAAUAAUGCCAGAGCCUCCUUUGUGCAGACACGAGGCUCCAUGCCCUUUUACUGGUCUCAAAGACCCAACCUGAGGUACAAGCCCAAACCACAGAUAAGCUCUGAAACCAAUCAUAUGGAUGGAUUCAAGAGGCAUUUUGAGUCGCAGGUUCUCAUUUAUGGAAAGCAAGUGAUUCUAAACCUGGUCAAUCAGAAAGGGUCUGAAUUGCCCCUUGAACAGGCCUUUGCCAAAAUGGUCAACGGCAUGGAAAACGGACUAAUCAAGUAUAUAGCCUUUGACUUCCACAAAGAAUGCAGUAAGAUGAGAUGGCAUCGCCUACAGAUUCUGGUCGACACAGUUUCUGACAUGCAAGACGAGUUUGGGUACUUCAUGCUGAGCUCAGACGGGACGGUGUCAUCUGAACAGUCUGGAACAUUCCGUAGUAACUGUAUGGACUGCCUGGACCGCACCAACGUCAUUCAGAGUCUGCUGGCCAGACACUCACUACAGAACCAGCUACAGAGGAUGGGUGUCCUCCAUGUGGGACAGAAGAUCGAGGAACAGGCUGACUUUGAGAAGAUUUAUAAGAAUGCAUGGGCAGACAACGCCAAUGCCUGUGCUAAACAGUACGCUGGAACAGGAGCCCUGAAAACUGACUUCACCAGAACCGGGCAGAGAACACACUGGGGCUUGAUAAUGGAUGGCUGGAACUCAAUGAUCCGUUACUACAAGAACAAUUUCUCAGACGGGUUCAGACAAGACUCAAUUGAUCUCUUCCUUGGAAACUACACAGUAGAUGAAACUGAUGGGCUCACACCUCUUCACGUGCAGAAGGACUGGAAGUUCCUAUUGCUUCCCGUUGUUAUGGUGGUGGCUUUUUCCAUGUGCAUCAUCUGUCUCCUAAUGGCUGGUGACACUUGGACUGAGACGCUAGCGUAUGUGGUAUUCUGGGGCAUGGCUAGUGCUGUCACAGCCGCUAUCAUUGUGGUCAAUGGACGAGAGUUUGUGGACGCACCCAAACUGGUCCAGAAAGAGAAGAUGGAUUGAAUAAGGAGACCUUUUCUCUUUUGCUUUCUCUUUGUCCUCUUCCUACACUUUAUUUUCCUACCAGAUACAUCAUGCUUGAGUUUAUGCUGACAUGUUCUCCACACUGUCCUUUAAAUUAUGUAAAGCAAGGAUCUAUAGGUCCUGUUCCAGUGUAGAUGGAGCCUUAAAUACAACGUGCAAUAUCAUAUGCAUUACAUUUAGAUUUAGUUACCCUUUAUAAUAAACCUUUAUUUGAAAACAUGGUAUGUGGUGCCCAAACUUCAUGACAAUUUCUCAUACUUCACAUUGUUGUCCAGGUCAUAUUUCCCAAAAAUAAAAAAUGUAAUUUCAUUUUUCGUUUUUGUGACAACUCAUAUUUUGUAAUUGCAGUAAUGUGAAAAAAUAUCUAAUUCCAGUAAUGAAAGUCUGGAUUUGUUUUUUAAAAUACAGCAUAAAUUAUAUUCAGAACAACAAAUCUUUUCACAUUACAGUAAGGACAAUGAGAUGUUUCCAUAUUACAGAAAAUAAUUUCACAAUGCAAAAAAAAUCUUAAUGCUCCUAAAAAGGUUUCAUUAUGUAGGUUUCAUUUUCUUCAGCUUUUGUGGUGAAAUAUGACACUUCAUUAAAGUUGUUGUAAGAUGCACUCAUGUGCAUUGUGCAAGAUGCAUCUCAUUUAAAAGGCUAUAGUGUUAUUUCUUGGUGAUCAGUCUAAAUUGACCCGGUGUGAAAUCGGAGCUAAUCAAGAGUUUCUACAUCAUGAUAUUAGAAACCUAGAUGUGUGCUCAUUUAAGAUCCAUGAGAUUGUUACACAAGUGAAUGUUACAUGAUGCCAUCCUUGAUUAUUAUCAAUCUGUUCUGAACUCAGCCGUGCACUCUGGUUAUAUUUUGACCAAUUCUUUGCAAUGGUAUUUUGGUUUGUAUUGUACUGUCCUCCUACCAGCAUAUUUAGGGGUUUGAUUCUCUCAUAAACGAUCAAAUUAGACAACUGAGAUGACCCACUAAGGGGAAGAAGAGGUUUUAAGUACUGUUGCUUUAUAAGUUUACAGACAAUUGUGUGAGCAACACUUUCCUGUUUAUUUCACUUCUUGGACCAAUGAACACUAAAAAAAAAAAAAAAUUAGCAUAAACUUACUCUUUAAUGGUUCUGUAAUUGCAGUUCUUUUCAAAGUUUCCAGUGACAGUUCAUUAGACAGAAAUAACAACAUCACAAACCUGUCAAUUCAGCGUGGACUUUUAAUUUAAUUAAUUUAACCAUUUUAGCAUGUGAUUGAAUUGUAAGUUAAAUUAUGAUCAUUAUAUAUCAGAACAAAAUGUUCAAACACUUUUCACACCUUGUCACCCUUUCAACUGAUCUAUAUGUUGAUUUCAUGGUGGUAUAUUAAUUGCUUGACCUUAACCCAGUAAUUAACUUUUUCUUUGACAUGAACUUGUCACACAUUAUAUAUAUAUAUAUAUAUAUAUAUAUAUAUAUAUAUAUAUAUAUAUAUAUAUAUAUAUAUAUAUAUAUAUAUAUAUAUAUAUAUAUAUAUAUAUAUAUGUAUAUAUAUUUUUUUUUUUUUAAAGGUGUUUUUGGGAUUGUUUGGCUUUGGGAGUGGAAAUAUUCAUUCCUUUGUGGUCUUCCUUUUGAGUUUAUCACUACCUUUAAAACGGGAUUGAUAUGCCUUUAUAUGUGUGUUUUUAUCAUCUACAAAUGAUAAUGCAAGCUGUUGUAACACCGUGACAUAUUGGACACCUUAUAACUCAAUAUUGCAAAUGUAUGAGAAACAAUGUCUGCAAAUUCCAUGGGGGCCCACAUUUAUACUUGUUUGUGUGCAAAGAUAUACAUAAAAUAUACAGUUUAACAUGGAAAAUUAAAUCCUAUUUGUUUGAUGGCUGCUGGUAUAAAUCUGUUGUGCAAACUGUACAUUAAAAAUUAAGAAUUUAUAUAAAUAAAAGUGUCUCAUGUACUGUACAUUUUGCACUUUUUAUUUGAGUUGUUUGAUCAAAGUAAUGUCACAAUAAUCACAUUCUUCCAUCGCAGAGUUUGAUAAAUGUGACAUUGAUUAUCCUAGAUUUCUGAACCGCAUCGUUGUGUUUUCAGAGUGCUCUCUGUUUGAAGUGUGAUGUGGCAUUUGAUCAAUAUUAAUCUAUUUUAGAUUUGAUUCUGACCGUGUUUUGAAUCAUGUUUACUCGCUUCUCUUCCUGAUUAUUAAAGAGAGUGUUCCUCAACUGUGCAGUGGGAUUUCUGGUGAUUUAUAGUGUGCAACCUGUCCUGUGGUCAUUGUAAAUUCCCUGUAAGAAUUCAGUACUCACCAUGACAAUAGUUUGUGAGACAUUACAUCAGCUGUCUUUAGUAAUCAAUCCUCUAUCAUUUAUGAAAAACUUCAGUGUGUUCAAAGAUUAUUGCUAAUAAUCCAGGUAUUGUUUGGUUUUGAAUCAUUCAAGUGUCACUGGACACCAUUUAAAAUAGUUUUCAACCACUGUAACUGAUGAUUUCUUUAUGAAUAAAUUGCACCAUUAAAAUGCA